AUGGGAGCAGCGGCGGACACGGAAUGGCUGCGCUGGGUGAGCAAACAGUUUGGGAAUGUCGCUGGGAAGAAGAAGGAAAUCAGCCUGGAAGAGUUCAAAUCCGCCCUGCAGGUCAAGGAGUCCUUCUUUGCCGAGAGGUUUUUCGCACUCUUCGAUUCCGACGGGAGCGGCUCCCUGAGCCGAGAGGAGUUUUUGGGAUCGCUGCACCGGCUGCUCUGCGGGAAUUCCACGGAAAAGCUCCGAUUCCUCUUCCAGGUGUACGAUGUGGACGGGAGCGGCUCCAUCGACGCCGAGGAGCUGCUGCUGGUGCUCCGGGGGUGUCUCCGGGAGAGCUCCCUGGCCCUUCCCGAGGAACGGCUCGGAGCCCUGAGCCAGGCCCUGCUCCAGGCCUUGGACCGGGAUCGCAGCGGCUCCAUCACCUUCCCCGAGCUCCAGGAGCAGCUGGAAGCGUUCCCGGAGCUCCUGGAGAACCUGAGCAUCAGUGCCGCCAGCUGGCUGAAGCCUCCCAGUCCCCCUGAGCACUGGCUGUGCUGCUUUUCCCGGGAAUCCCGCAGGGAUCAGCGGGCCGGCCUGUGCUGCUUUUCCCGGGAAUCCCGCAGGGAUCAGCGGGCCGGCCUGUGCUGCUUUUCCCGGGAAUCCCGCAGGGAUCAGCGGGCCGGCCUGUGCUGCCUCGGGGGCUGGGUCGCCAUCACGGCGCUCCUGCUCGCCCUGGGGGCCCUGGGCCACCGGGAGCGCGGCCCCGCCCUGGCGCUGGCCCGGGGCUGCGGGCAGAGCCUGAACCUCAACUGCGCCCUGCUGGCCGCUCUGGUGCUCCGCCGUUCCCUGACCUGGCUGCGCCGUUCCCCUCUGGCCGCGCUGUUCCCGCUGGAGCUGCACGUGCGGGGCCACGAGCGCGUGGCUCACCUGGUGCUGGCCCUGGCGACCGCGCACGCGGGGGCACACCUGGCACACGCGGGCCUGGCCCAGCGGGACUGGCAGGUGGCCCUGGGCGAGUACCUGGGGCGGGCUCGGCCGGGGGCGGGCGGGGUGGCCGGCACAGCCCCGCAGACCGGGCUGGCGCUGCUCGCCCUGCUGCUGGCCAUGCUCCUCUGCUCCAGCCCCUGCGUGCGCCGCGGCGGCCACUUCGAGGUUUUUUACUGGAGCCACCUCUCCUACAUCUCCGUGUGGUUCCUGCUGCUCCUUCACGGUCCCCACUUCUGGAAGUGGUUCCUGAUUCCUGGCUCCCUGUUUUUCCUGGAGAAGGUUCUGGGCUGGGUGUGGCGCCGGGCAGGGGAUCUGCACAUCCUGGAGGCCAAGCUGCUGCCCUCCAAGGUGACCCACCUGGUGAUCCAGAGGCCGAAAUCCUUCCGCUUCCAGCCGGGGGAUUACGUCUACCUGAACAUCCCGGCCAUCGCCGCCUACGAGUGGCAUCCCUUCUCCAUCAGCAGCGCUCCGGAGCAGCCGGACACGCUCUGGCUGCACAUCCGGGCGCGGGGCCAAUGGACCACCAAGCUCUACGAGUACUUCCAGCAGCUGGAAUUGCAUGGCCCGGAGUCAAAUCCACCCGGGAAGAGCCACAGGGAGCCCAGGAGCCGGCACUGGGAACAGGGAUGGAGCUGUGGAGCUGACAGCAUUCCGAGCCUCCGGAGCUGCUCUCCCGGGAAAGGACCCGGAGCAGGGGGUGAGCACUGCCCUGAUCCCAGGGGAUCCAGCCACAGGAGAGUGGAUCCCAAAUGGGAUAAAGCUCCUGAAAAAGCUCUUUGGAAAGACAUUCCUUGGAUAUUAUUGUGGGGUUGGCAGCUGGAAUUGUGUGUGCAGCCCAGCGGGAAAGCGCCCCAAAUCCAGGGAGUUUUGGGAAUGGUUGGGAAUGGGGGGAUCAUCACUGCUCCCUUCUCCUUGCAGCGCUCUGGGCCUGGGGAGACCCUGUGGAGCUACAGCGUCAAGUGCUUCCUGGAUGGUCCCUAUGGAACUCCGAGCCGGCGGAUCUUCACCUCGGAGCACGCCGUCCUCAUCGGAGCCGGCAUCGGCAUCACGCCCUUCGCCUCCAUCCUGCAGAGCAUCAUGUUCCGGUACCGGCGGCGGAAGCAGAGCUGCCCCAGCUGCCAUUUCUCCUGGAGCGAGGAACGGCGGGAUGAGGAGAUGACGCUCCGGAAGGUGGAUUUCAUCUGGAUCACGCGGGAUCAGCAGCACCUGCAGUGGUUCCUCGGCCUCCUGGCCAAGCUGGAGUCGGAGCAGGCGGAUCUGGAGCCGGGAGGGAAGUUCCUGGAGCUGCACCUGUACAUGACCUCGGCGCUGGGCAAGGGGGACGUGAAGGCGCUGGGGCUGCAGCUGGCCCUGGAUCUGCUGGCAGCACAGGAAAAGCGGGAUUCCAUCUCCGGGCUCCGCAGCCGCACCCAGCCCGGCCACCCCGACUGGGCCAAGGUGUUCGGCAAGGUGGCGGCGGAGCGGCGCGGGAAGGUCCAGGUGUUCUUCUGCGGCUCCGCGGGGCUGGCCAAGGUCAUCCAUGGGCACUGCCGGAGCUUCGGCUUCACCUUUUCCAAGGAAAACUUCUGA